AAAAAAUUAAUAAAUAUGAAGUUAAAAGUAUUAUUGUUAAAAUUUUUGUGGAUUUUUAUUAUAAUUUGUGGACAGGUGUGUUGUGAAAAUAGUACAUUUAAAGAUUUUAUGGUAAUGGAUGUAUUAUCUGAUGGUGAAAAAGAAUUACGUAUUCAUUAUAAGGGUAUUACAGCGAAAGAAAUGUCGGUUGGAUACAAAAAUGGUUUAACAUUACGUCAAUUAACCGAUGGCAGACAUUUUAUACAAUUAAUAUAUGAUGGUGAAAAUGAUUUAAAAGAUUGUGAAUAUAUAAAAAAUUCACAUAUUGUUAAUAAUUUCUUACAACAAUUUCAAUUAGAUGUAGAUACUUUAAAACAAACAAAAAAUAUAUCAAUUAUAUCAUUAGAUAAUAAUAAAAAUACAGUAUUAAUAUCUCAUAAUAAUAGUUUAACAAUAUAUAAAAAUAUUGUACCAGAAUGGUUAAAUUAUUCAAAGUUAAAAAGACAAUGUCAUCGAAUACAAUUAGAAAUACAACAAGCUGUGAUUAAUCAUAAUACAUCUACAUUACAUAGAUCUCGUAGAAAUGUGAUAGAUAUGCUGCGUUCCGUGUUUAUAGCCCCAGGUACUCGGUGGUGCGGUUAUGAAAAUGAUGCCAGAAAAUAUACGCAUUUAGGUAUCAAUGACUCAACAGAUAAAUGUUGUCGAAGACAUGACCAUUGUAAAAUUAAUAUUAGUGCUAUGUCCAAACGAUGGAAUUUAUGGAAUUCUCGUCCUUAUACAAUAAGCCAUUGUAGUUGUGAUUUAAGUUUCCGAGCCUGUUUGAAAUUAACGGAUAGUGGUGCAUCAAAUAUGGUUGGUAAAUUAUUUUUUAAUGUUGUACAAACAAAAUGUUUUGUGAUCAAAUCAAAGCGAGUAUGUAAAAAAAGAUCAUUUUGGGGUAAUCAAUGUUUAAAACAUGGUUAUAAAAAACAAGCCAUUUUACGCGAUAACGUUCCUUAUUAA